GUGGCUAAUAAAGAAGUAUAAAUCCCCGAGGAGCGUGUGGUGCUGCUGCCGAGGAGCUGGCUCUGAGACAGCCACCGGGAGGGACGCGCCAGCCCCAGCCCUCCUCUCUCCUCUCCUCUCCUUUCCUUUCCUCGCCUCUCCUCUCCCCGAGCUGCUGCCACACUUGGUUCAUUCCAGCUGCAGAAGCUCAGAGCCUUCCAUGCGCCGAGCCGAGGACUAUCCCAACCGCCAAGGGGAAGGAAAAGGGGGGAAAACCCGGCAAGAACCACCAACCCCCCAGCACUCCCCAUCCCUGCUGCCCUUUGACAUGCAACCUUCCUUGGGAUGGGAGCAGCCGGGAUGCAGCUGCAGCUUCGGGAGGCACUGGGGCAAGCUGGGGAUGGUGGCUCUGAUGCCGGUGGAGGUGAGCGCCUGGAGCCGGGUGCUGCUGCUCUCCGUGGGGCUCCUGGCUGGAUCCGUGACGGCCCAGAACUGCAGCCACGUCCUGCAGGGCCCAAACGGGACGAUACAGAGCCCAGGCUUUCCCUAUGGAUACCCCAAUUAUGCAAACUGCACGUGGACAAUCACUGCCGAGGAGCAGAACAGGAUACAGCUCGUUUUCCAGUCCUUUGCACUAGAGGAAGACUUUGAUGUGCUCUCCAUCUUCGAUGGGCUGCCCCAGCAGGGCACUCUGAGGACGAGGUUGACAGGGUUCCAGCUGCCUGCCCCCGUGGUCAGCUCGGGGGCUGUGCUGUCCCUGUGGCUCGUCAGCGACUACGCCGUGAGCGCCCAAGGCUUCCAGGCCAGUUACGAGGCUCUGCCCAGCCACACGUGUGGGAAUCCGGGAAGGCUCCAGAACGGGAUCCAGCAGGGGACAACGUUCAGCAUCGGGGACAGAGUGAGGUACAGCUGCAAUCCGGGCUUCUUCUUGGAAGGCCAUGCCCUGCUGACGUGCCAGGCCAGCUCAGACAACUCUGCCUCCUGGGACUUCCCUCUCCCCGUCUGCAGAGCUGAUGACGCCUGUGGGGGGACCCUGCGGGGGCAGAGCGGGAUCAUCUCCAGCCCCCAUUUCCCUCUGGAGUACGGCAACAACGCCGACUGCACCUGGACUAUCCUGGCUGAGCCUGGGGACACCAUCGCUCUGGUUUUCAUGGACUUUCAGCUGGAAGAUGGAUAUGAUGUUUUAGAAGUGGCUGGGACAGAGGGAUCCUCGCUCUGGUAG